AUGAAGAUAAAUGCUGAAGGUUUAGAACUCGUUAAGGAUUUUGAAGGAUUUCGUGCUGAUUUUUACAAUGAUUUGGCGGGUCACAAAACUAUUGGUUACGGUCAUAACUGCGACGCAGAUCCAAAUAAGUGCAAAGACAUCAAGGCACCCAUCACUCAAGCUCAGGCCGAGGAAUUGCUCAAAACGGAUCUAGCCAAAUUCGAAGGUCAUGUUACCUCGUUGGUCAAAGUUAAACUCAACUCCAAUCAAUUCUCCGCUUUGGUUUCUUUCACGUUUAACCUUGGCCAAGGAAACCUUGCGUCAUCCACAUUACUCAAGAAGCUUAACGCUGGUGAUUAUGAAGGUGCUUCUAAGGAAUUUGGCAAGUGGGUCUAUGCUGCAAAAAAGGUGGUGAAAGGGUUAGAGAGGCGCCGUGAAGCCGAAAGAGCGUUAUUCGUGAAAGCUUGA